AUGUACUAUCUUCAGAUAGUACAUGUACUUCUUCUACCAGUUCUGCUACUUGAUGUAAUUAAUAUAGGCAUUGGCCUUUAUUUGCUGGAGAUAUUUUGGCUUGAGGUUCUUAUUUGCAUCUUCUUUUGUUGGCCGCUUCACCUUCUUUCUCCACGCAAUCAACGAACUAUAUCUUCAACCUACAAGAAACACUGACGAACAUUAGUACAACUCUAGACGAGCAUUAGUACAACUCUACGUGUUGAUCAGAUCUUCAUGCCUCAAGAACAUCUUCAAACCUAGAGGUUUGAAAAAGAACUACACCACCUCCUGAAAAAGUCAUGGGCCUCUCUUUUUGCGCCAGGGCAUGCAUAAAAGACCACAAGUAUGAAGAACAUCCUCAAAACUUGUACACUACCUAGGUUGCAUUUCUUGAGCCACAAGAUGCGUCUCCACGACCAAGAACGUUUCUUCACCUCCUCAUGAG